AUGGCGGAGGGUGAGGAUGCCCCCAAGAAGCGAACCUUCAAGAAGUACUCAUACCGUGGCAUCGACCUUGACAAACUUCUCGACAUGAGCAACCAGGAUCUGAUGGAGCUCUUCUGCGCACGCCAGCGCCGAAAGUUCAGCCGUGGGAUCAAGCGCAAGCCAAUCACCGUGCUCAAGAAGCUGCGCAAGGCAAAGCGCGAGACGGCUUACGGCGAGAAGCCAGAGGCUGUGAAGACGCACCUCAGGAACAUGGUCAUCGUGCCAGAGAUGAUUGGUAGUGUGGUUGGAGUGUACAACGGCAAGCAGUACAUCAACGUGGAGAUCAAGCCCGAGAUGAUCGGCCACUACUUGGGGGAAUUCUCCAUCACCUACAAGCCUAUCAAGCACGGACGUGCUGGCAUGAUGGGCAAGAACUCCCAGUUCGUGCCCCUGAAGUGA